AUGGCUUUCCAGUCGGUGACUGUGUUUGAUGGCGUAUCUUGCAAUUUCUUCUUCUACCCUUCGAAUGUGCCACGGUGUAAAUUUGAAGAUACAACGUGCUUACAAAAGGCGAUCGAAGAAGCGCUGUUUGUAUUUAAAGAUGGUAGUCCCAAAAUACAUAUGGCCAAAGUAGACCCAUUGCACAUUUCUGGCAUUCACAUCGACCAGGGAAUGGAAAGUCCUAUUGCAGUCAAGUUAAAUUUUAUAGACAAUGAUCUUACCGGAUUAUCCCAAAUUACUGUGAAAAAAGUGGAGAGUUUUUCAACUGAAAAGUUAGAUUGGAAACUGCAUUUACUAAUGCCCAGACUUGAACUGUACGGCGACUACAACGUCAGCGGAAGAGUUCUCGUGCUGCCGAUUGUCGGUCAAGGAAAAUCAAACCUGACUAUUGUAAAUACCGAAGCUACAGCUAUUAUUCAAGGAAGACUUGACGCCAUUGAAAAAAAUGGUAAAAAGUACCACCAAAUUGAUAAUUUCGAACUAGAUUUUGUUCCAAAGAGGUUGCAUAUCUAUCUCGGAAAUUUGUUCAAUGGUGAUAAAGCUCUCGGAGACAAUAUGAAUGUAUUUUUGAAUGAAAAUUGGCAAGACAUUUUCAACGAAUUGAAACCAGCCGUUCAAGAUUCCUUUGCUGCUGUUUUUAAAGAACUAGCAAAUAGGAUGUUUAAGAAAGUUUCUUUUAAUGAUAUUUAUUUAUCAUGA